UGCUUAUUUCCUUCCUACAAACACAUAGCACAAUUCAAGGAAAUCACUCCGGUUUGCUCAGACGGCUGGUUUCUAAUAUGAACAGUACCCUGCACAGUACACUGGUGGCUUUAUCCUCCGCACUCUAAACUCUGCUUUAAAGAGGUGAUGACGUGCAUACUCGUACUGCUGGUUUUGCUGAGCACACAAGCAACCAAGGUGUGCUCGCUGCCCUCUGUAGCAGACUCAGAUGGAAACUGUGAGGAUACAAAAUAUCGACCAGAUGGUUCUAAUCUGUGCUGCAACAAGUGUCCCCCUGGAGAACGACUCGUAACACACUGCAGUGAAACUCAUGAGCGUGUUUGUGAACCAUGUGCAUCAGGACAGUAUAUGGAGCACAUGAACUACAAUCAAAACUGCCUCAAAUGUGUAACAUGCAAAGAACACAAAGGCCUGAAGUACGCGCGGAACUGUUCCCCUACCACCAGUUCAAAGUGCAUCUGCCAGACGGGGAAGUACUGUAUCGUAGGAUUUAAAGACCCCUACUGUAGCGAAUGUGUGAAGUACAAAGUUUGCAAAGUUGGCUAUGGAGUGUCUGUGCCAGGGACAGCAGACUCAAAUGUAAAGUGUGAACGAUGCCCCGACGGGACUUUCUCUGACACAGUCUCCUUCAAAGACGCCUGCAAACCUCAUACAAACUGUAACGGGAGGGCUGUCGUUACAAAAGGCAACGCUACCUCAGAUACUGUGUGUGAACCUGGAUCCACAGCGCUGCCGCAGAUGUCAACAGAAAAGCUCAACAUGAACACUGUGUUGACAAGUGCAGGUCCAUUGAAGACAAUGGUCCCAGUGACAUCAGUGUCUCAACAUACAUCAGCAGAGUCCAUACUGCCCUCCAGUCGGUCUGUAGAGACAGAAUUUGCCAAUCCAACAAAAAGCCAGCCACAAAACACAGGACCUGGCGGAACACUGGCUGCAGCAAUUGGCGGUGUCAUUGGAUUCAUUUUGCUGUUCAUCAUAAUUAUCAUCACGGUGAUCCUUUGUAAACCAGCCUGGAAGAAAGAUGCAGAAAUAGUCCAUCCUAAAGUUGAUGCAAAUGGAAAUUGCGAGAGUGGUGAUAAAGUCAGUGAGUGUUAUCCGGAGGAAACUCAGCUCUUGUCAUUCAAAGUUAUGUCACCAGAACAACAAUGUCUACUGGAAAAAGGGGAAGCUUGCAGUGACCACAGUCAGAACAGCAAUUCUGACACUUUAACCCAAAUAGAGGGCUGCAGCAGCCACGAGUCCAUUGGCCCUUUGCAGUCAACGUUACCCCUUCACAAUCCUCAAUCUAUUCUGUCUGAGCCGAUGACGUUACAGUCCACCGUAGGUCACGCCAUCCCUCAGCCCAGUAUGGCCACACAGUCCUCCUCUCAGCCCACCAGCCCCCAAAUAAUCAGCCCAAUGACCACGAGUCCACACGUCAACGUCAACAUCACUUUCCACAUUGGAAAUGGAACAUGUGGAAGUCCAUCUGUGAUGCCCACAGAUCUGAUGCAGGUAGACCCUAAGAUUUCCUAUGGAGAGGAAGAGGAGAGCAUUAGUAUCCCACAGCAAGAAGCUGGGAAGCAUUCACAGAUGUCAGUGGAGGAAAGUUUAAGUUGCAGUACAUGAAGACUAAUCCAAUGGACACGAGAAUACGGUUUUCCAUCUUUCGUGAUUCAACAUAGCAGAGAAUUACUGGUUAAAGUAGUUAACAAACUGCUUCUUUGUGUGAUUU